CAGUGUUUUCCGUAAACUGGUCAUAUCUAAGCUUUGUUAAGCAGAGUGAGCAGAGGGGUGUAUUUGGGUGGGGUUCUAUAGUUCAGGGACUGUUGGGUGUAUUUUCUCACUUAAGCGUUGUAGUGCCGCCGAGUCUUGGAGAAGUGAGUGAGCUGGUGGGUACAGCAGGUGCCGUGUGGCGGGUGAAGGGCUCACACCAGGGCCCCUUCCUCCCGCUUCGCUUGCUGCCUUGAUCCCUCUGGCCGUGUUUUUAGAAACAGCUCUGGCCCUGCACGGUUCUGUCUGCCUCUAGUUUCUAAAUUCACGUAGUAGAAGGGUCUCUAGCAUCCUUUUAGAGGGGCUUGUACAAUUAUUUUUGCAUGUAGGCAUCAUUAUUUUAAAGUCUUAAAAUAUCAUGAAGACUUUUUUUUUUCUCUACAACUUCUGUUUAAACCUUGAAAGAAUGAGCUGAAAUUUGGAAGGAGCAUUUCUGAAGAAACUAAGGGCCGAGGGGGUUCAUGGUUUAAAAAAAAAAAAAGUAAAUUGUGCUGGUUAUGCUCAUCCAUGACUUGGUUUUAGACAUUUUCGUGCUGAAAUGCUGCGUGAGAUUCCGGCAUCUGACACUAGCGUUGGCUCCGGUAUUUUUAGGACUUGUGAAAACGUGGUACUGACAGGAGUGGAUUUUACUCUUUCUUGACCGCCUUCUGUAAAGGAGGACUCGGACUCUGUCGGAGCCGUUCUUGUCCUUUCUUUACUUUUGCUUUCUUUUUUCAGUGGGACUGUUCAGAAUGUUGAACAUGUAGUGUAACCGUUCUGUUCAGUGCCAUAAGGAGGUAGCUAGACCGUACAUGUGUUCCCAGAUACAGAAACAUGAAGUCUUGGUUAAAUAUGAAAAGGAAUUACCUGAUAGAAAAUGAUGAAUAUAAAACUACAUAUGUCGGUACUCUUGAGACAGAAUUCUAGGUACAGUUGCUGCUCUGAUGCGUUGCCAAGGGAGGGUAUGAAAAUUCCUCCUCUUGAAGAUCCUCGAGAGUGGAUUUGAUUCUCUUUUACUUGGGGGCAUCAGUCCUGUCCGCUUACAUCAGUGCCGGUACAGAGAUGCCCUGGGAUCUGAGAUGCGUACAUGGGGGGGCCCUCUGGGAUUUUAUAGGGACUGUUCAUUAGUCACUGCGUUGUGCUUCUGAGACCUGGAGAAGCUAGUAUAUACCGGGGAUGAUGAAUGAGUUUAUUUUUGCAAAGCUAAGCCAACCCUGAAAUACUUACGGUUAUUGUGGGAACAUAAAUGGCCUGGGUAAAGUCAGAGAAAAGAUCCUGGAUCCCAACUUAAGCAUUAGUGGUAACCCUUUUUGAAUAAACGUUCAUGAUCAGGGCUUCCAGGAGAUUUAGUAAAGAAAAACAAUCAUUUUGGUAUCUUAUUUUAGGAUUUUUAAAUUCUAAGGAGGAAAUGCUAAGAGACUAGGAAAUGACUAAAAGUGGGUAGGAAUUUAGGGAAGAAGGAAAGGGCUGGCUGGGGUGGUCCACAGUCAGUAGAUUCCUGAAAAUGAAGUAUAAGCUGUUGGCUCCCUUGGAGAGUUGGUCAUGACUAACGAGUGUCCCAUUUCUUCUGCCCGUUGGUACCAAACAGUGAGACGGUUUAAGCGGAAGCACCUUACAGCCAUCGACUGCCAGCAUUUGGCUCGGAGUCACUUGGCUGUGACCCAGCCCUUCUGUCAAAGAUGGACCAACAGAGACCCGAACCAUGGUCUCUAUCCUAGACCCAGAACAAAAAGAGGGACUAGGGGUCAAGGAUGUCAAGGGUACAACACUGAGUUCUUCCCAGCCGCCCGGCAGCGGUGCAUCAAUGACAUGGCCAGAAGCAGUUCUGUGGGCCAGGACACCUCUAAGGACUCGGAGGGGGACAUGAUCUUUGCUGCAGAGAACCACUGCGCCCUGCCUCAGGAGGGUGGUGGAGAAGCAAGACUGGGCGUGGCAGGGUCCGCUCUGCCUGCAAGGAAGCGGUCCCGGUCCUUUGAGGACGACAGGAAUCAAGCUACAGGGACCAGUCAGCGGGAUGGCGUUUCUAGAAAGACUGCACGGCAUCGUUUGUCCCCGUCGGGCGCAAGAUCCAGGGAAGCCAGGCAAGAAACUGAGGACUCUCUGUCAUGGCGCUCUGCGGAGUCCGGAGAACCCAGCCAGGAAGUGGAGGACGUUGGGCCUGAUCCCAUUCCCGACUCUUACUAUGGGCUUCUGGGGACCUUGCCUGGCCAGGAAGCCCAGAGCCACAUUGGGAGCCUGCCCAGUGAGGUCCUCCGGCACAUCUUCGCCUUCCUCCCCGUGGAGGAUCUCUACUGGAACGUGAGCCUCGUGUGCCACCUUUGGAGAGAUAUCAUCAGUGACCCACUGUUCAUUCCUUGGAAAAAGCUGUAUCAUCGCUACCUGAUGAAUGAGGAACAAGCUGUGAGCAAAGUGGACGGCAUCCUGCUGAGCUACGGGAUAGAGAAAGAGUCCGACUUGUGUGUGCUGAACCUCAUUCGCUAUGCAGCCACCAGUAAAUGCUCCCCCAGUGUGGACCCUGGACGGGCCCUGUGGAGUCUGAGGGAUCACCUCCUCCUUCCUGAGGCAGAGGCCUGCGUGCGUCAGCACCUCCCGGAUCUCUACGUGGCGGCCACGGGUGUCAACGUGUGGGCUCUGGUGGCGGCCAUCGUCCUCCUGUCCAGCAGCGUGAACGACAUCCGGCAGCUGCUCUUCUGCCUCCGGAGACCCAGCUCCACCGUGACGGUGCCGGACAUCACGGAGACGCUGUACUGCCUCGCCGUGCUCCUCUACGCCAUGAGGGAGAAGGGGAUCAACAUCAGCAACCGGAUUCACUACAACAUUUUCUAUUGCCUGUAUCUUCAGGAGAAUUCCUGUCCUCAGGCCAGAGAAGUUAAAGAGGAACCAUCGGUUUGGCCAGGCAAGAAAACUAUCCAGCUUACACAUGAACAACAGCUGAUUCUGAGCCACAAGAUGGAACCUCUCCAGGUGGUAAAGAUCAUGGCGUUUGCAGGCACCGGGAAGACCUCUACGCUGGUCAAGUAUGCUGAAAAGUGGUCCCAGAGCAGGUUUCUGUACGUGACGUUCAACAAGAGCAUCGCAAAGCAGGCCGAGCUCGUCUUUCCCGCCAACGUCAUCUGCAAGACCUUCCAUUCCAUGGCCUAUGGGCACGUCGGGCGGAAGUACCAAUUAAAGAAGAAACUGAAUCUCUUCAAGUUGACGCCCUUCAUGGUCAAUUCUGUCCUUGCUGAAGGGAAAGGCGGAUUCAUACGGGCCAAGCUCGUAUGUAAGACCUUAGAGAACUUCUUCGCCUCGGCCGACGAAGAGCUCACUAUCGAUCACGUGCCGAUCUGGUGCAGGAACAGCCAAGGACAGAGAGUCAUGGUUGAACAGAGUGAAAAGCUGAACGGUGUCCUUGAAGCCAGCCGACUCUGGGACAACAUGCGGAAGUUGGGGGAAUGCAAAGAAGAGGCUUACCAAAUGACUCACGAUGGCUACUUGAAACUCUGGCAGCUGAGCAAGCCUCUGCUUGCCUCUUUUGACGCCAUCUUUGUGGACGAGGCCCAAGACUGUACCCCAGCUAUCAUGAACAUAGUUCUGUCUCAGCCAUGUGGGAAAAUCUUUGUAGGGGACCCACAUCAGCAGAUCUAUACCUUCCGUGGUGCAGUCAAUGCUCUGUUUACAGUCCCUCACACGCACGUCUUCUAUCUCACACAGAGUUUCCGAUUUGGCGUGGAAAUAGCGUACGUGGGAGCUACCAUCUUGGAUGUCUGCAAGCGAGUGAGGAAAAAGACUUUGGUUGGAGGAAACCAUCAGAGUGGCAUUAGAGGUGAUGCCAAGGGUCAGGUGGCCCUGUUGUCCCGGACCAAUGCCAACGUGUUUGAUGAGGCUGUGCGGGUGACGGAAGGGGAAGUCCCAGCAAGGAUCCAUCUGAUCGGGGGGAUUAAAUCAUUUGGAUUGGACAGAAUCAUUGAUAUCUGGAUCCUUCUUCAGCCGGAGGAAGAGCGGAAGAAACAGAACCUCGUUAUUAAGGACAGAUUCAUUAGAAGGUGGGUGCACAAAGAAGGCUUUAGUGGUUUCAAGAGGUACGUGACGGCGGCCGAGGACAAGGAGCUGGAGGCCAAGAUUGCGGUGGUGGAGAAAUACAACACCAGGGUCCCAGACCUCGUGCGAAGGAUCGAGAGGUGCCACAUAGAAGACCUGGACUUCGCAGAGUACAUUUUGGGCACUGUGCACAAGGCCAAAGGCUUGGAGUUUGACACCGUGCACGUGUUGGAUGAUUUUGUGAAAGUGCCGUGUGCCAGGCACAACCUCGCGCAGCUGCCCCACUUCCGAGUCGAGUCGUUUUCUGAGGAUGAAUGGAAUUUACUGUAUGUUGCAGUAACCCGUGCCAAGAAGCGUCUCAUCAUGACCAAAUCCUUGGAGAACAUUCUGACUUUAGCUGGGGAGUACUUCCUGCAGGCGGAGCUGACCAGCGCCGUUUUGAAGACCGGAGUGGUGCGCUGCUGCGUGGGCCAGUGCAACAACGCCAUCCCCGUGGACACUGUGCUCACCAUGAGGAAGCUCCCCAUCACUUACAGCAACAGGAAGGAAAACAAGGGAGGCUACCUCUGCCACUCGUGUGCGGAGCAGCGCAUCGGGCCCUUGGCCUUCUUGACGGCCUCCCCCGAGCAGGUGCACGCCAUGGAACGCACCGUCGAGAACAUAGUGCUUCCCAGACACGAAGCCCUGCUCUUCCUGGUCUUCUGACAGCCGAGAGGCGCUUUCUCCCUGGUACCGAAUGCCUUGUGUGGACUCGAGUUGCCUGAAGAAAGCCCGUGCAGGGUAGGGUCGUCACUCACCCGGGACUCUGAAUUCACGCACAGGGCAUCUUCGGAGGAGGACGAAGCCGACGAGAGUUGGACGUGCCGUUUCUCCAUUCCCUGUAGGUAGCCAGUUUCCGCUGCCCCUGCUCUGUGCACAUCAGGCUGGGGCACGGGGGAUGUUCUUUUGAUAAAAAAACAUUUUAUGUAUUUAAACUUUUAUUACAAGGUUUCAAUUAAACAGGCACUGUAGCACUGGCGUA